AUGGAAACUUGGUCAGUCGAUCAGGUCUGCAGUUGGUUGAUGGAGAAAAACUUAGGAGAGCUAGUUCAUAGGUUUCAAGAGGAAGAAGUUAGUGGUGCUGCUCUUCUAGCACUUAAUGAUCGGAUGGUUCAGCAACUGGUCAAGAAAAUUGGGCACCAGGCUGUUCUGAUGGAUUUAAUUAGAAAAUAUAAGCAGAACACUCAAGGACAAAAGUCUUAUGGCAACCCCAAAGAGACAGCUCUUGCCGCACAAACACAAUCAACCCUAGAAGAUGAAGCAGCUUCCAGUGCAGCCAGCCAGGGGGAGCAGAUGCCAUCUUUCUAUCCAACCAAAAACCUUGACAAUGGACGAAUUGACCAAAGAGUAUUGAAACAGAGAAGAAAUGUGAAACAUGUUCUAGCGAGGAGCAAAACAUUCCAGUGGACAAAGUCCUAUGUUUUACCAGAGUUUCCCUAUGAUGUCAGAUGCAUGUUAGCAGAGCAGAAGCGUCCCAACCACAGCAUGAGGAUAAGGAUGAUCGAGUUUCUCCAGGCUGACAUGACUAAGUAUCUGCAAGGUUCGCUGUACCCCACCACCCAGCAGUACAAUGAUGUGGUUAACGCCCUGCUGCAGGCCCACCCUUUCCUGGACGAGGACGGCUGUGGCUUUACUUUAUGGAAACGAGCCCUCAAAGAUCGCUUUAAAUAUGUUCGAAGACCCAUAGAAGAUGAUGAACAAGUGAUGAGAAACAAGUGUAAAUUUGGACAUCGAAGAGGCCAGACGAGGAAAUCUCUUGCUGAUAGAAGAUUUGAUGAAAUCAAGCCUGUCCAGAUAAAAGGAGAAGUUGUUUGUUUAAAUUCUGAGGUAGACGAACAUAUUAAUUGGUUCCAGCAAGAAUAUGUGAAAACAGAAAAGAACUGGACAGAAAUUGACAAGAGGAUGAGCCAGACUCUGGAAAUCAGAAGAAAGAUGAUCGGCAGCAGAACACCUCGGAAGGACAUCCUUAAACUGUUUCCUUUCUUGAAGUGCCCUUAUCAGAUGUUCAGAGAAUUCCAACUUCUUACAAGAACAGAUAUUUAUAAGAAAAUAAGGCACAUUUUGGAAUCCUAUUCAGAAAAUAUACUGACUUCUUUUUCAGUGGUGGACAAUCCAAUCAAUAUUGCAUUGCAAGAAAAAAUGAAACAGUACACAGAUGAAGACAUGUUGAAAUACAUGAAGAUGACAGCCACAUGUUUACUUCUCCCAGAUGUUUUUGGGGAUGACCCCAGUCUUUUUGUCGUCGUGAAUAAGAAGGUGCAAACAUCCACGCCUGUGUUAGAAGUUAAAAACCCUUUCAACAUUGAGGUCUGCGAAUUUUCUUUAUAUUUAGAGAAGGAGAGGCUCACGAAGGUGGAUAACUGUGUGACUGCCUUGGCUGUUCUAGUAGCAGCCUUUCGUGUAUUUGGCAUUGAGUGUCCAAGAAGACUAGCCCAAACCCUCAACUUUCUAGAGACAUUGAUUUUUGAUGUGCACAGUCCCUAUUUUCCUACCUUGAAAGAAAAGGAAAGGGAAGUAGAAUUUCAACACCCAGUUAAUUAA